CAUGGUAUGAGAAAUUCAUAAGGCGUUGUUUUUGUUGAUCUGUCAGCAGCUGUCUUCUGCUUGUGUUUUUGAAGUCCUUAAGUUUUAUUUGUACACCUCUACAGUUUUCUUUCACCCAUUCAUUUUAAAAUGGCGGACUUCGACGAUAUAGAUAACCCAUACAAUAUCAAUGGGCCCAAUUUCUGCCCAGAAAUGUAUGUCCAGAAGCUUCUGAAGGGAAGCAGUUUGAAGCAGGUAAUGGACAAUGAAGCAGAGAUAGUUCGAGAUACUCAAUCAUUGCAUUCUGACAUGCAGACCUUAGUAUAUGAGAACUACAACAAAUUCAUAUCUGCAACUGACACAGUCAAGAAGAUGAAAAGCGACUUCCGAGUCAUGGAAGAUGAAAUGGAGCAGUUAGCAGCAAACAUGGAAGAAAUAACUAAAUCAUCUCAGCAGAUAUCAUCUACAUUACAGGAAACCAGACAACAAUUUACCAAGCUCUUGGGUGUUCAUUCACUGCUUAAGCGUCUGCAAUUUUUGUUUAAACUGCCAGCUAAGCUUUCCGCACGUAUCAAGGAAGAGCAAUAUGCUCAGGCUGUGCAGGAUUACAUUCAUGCUCAAAGGGUUCUAGAGCGUUAUGGGAACAUGGCAUCAUUCCAAGGGAUCCAGAAAGACUGUGAAAUUAUUUUAGGAGAUUUGAAACAAAGACUGAGGGACCAGUUUAAAAAUAAAGAGGCUAGUGCCAAGGACUUGGCAAAGGCGGUGGAUCUGUUACUACAGUUAAGUGAACCAGCAGAUCAGUUGUGUGCAGAAUUUUUGGCCCAUGCUGAAACUAGACUGGAGGAACAGUUAGGAAUACUUGACAGUUUCCAGGAACAGGAUUUGUUGGAAUUUGUGGACAUGGGGAGCAAAGGGUUCUUGAGUGAUUUAUGCUUGGUAGUUGCCUCAUACAAUGAUAUGUUCAUUAAUCGUCAUACUUCAGAUGUACAUGCAAGUGACGAUUUUGAAACUUUGGCCACAGGACAAUUAAGCAAAUUUGUUAUGGAACGCAUGGAAAAAUAUUUUGCUCUGGUCAGCAGCAGAGUAGAAAAGCAGCAGGAAGUAGGAGAAACUCUUAUCCUAGUUAGAGCAUUGGAUCGUUUUCAUCGCCGUCUGCAGGCCAUCAACACAUUAUUCCAGCACACUGAUUUCACUUUGACUGGGACAAAUAUUGCAUUAAAAGCAGGUAGGCGCCAAUGCAAAAUUCACUUGCAAGCUCUGAAGGGCCACUUUUGGGAAGCCCUGACCAGGGUUCGCCAGACACUCGCUGCCCCCAAGGCUGCUGGGCAGGAUAAGGAUGGCCCUAGUCUUCCAGAGCUAUUGACCAGCGUAGUUCUAGCAACCAGGGUGAAGGUCAAAAAUGUCUUGCAAGACUUACUGGUAUUCCUUCAACCUGAUUUGAUGUUUGCAAUGAAACCAAUGUUCCGGGAGGCAUUUUGUGUGGAUGGUGUACGCGAAGGUUUGGUAGUUGGAUUUAUGCACCAUCUGACUGCUACUGCUCGGGGCUUCUGUGCUCCUGGGCAUCACAGCGUUCCACCAGCUCUUCUCCUUCUUCUCUCAAAAAUGUGUCUUGACUUUGAGAGUACAACUGUCCGUGAGCUGCUCAGCCAUACAGAUGAUUGCUUUGAUGCUGGUGUGACCAGUUCAUCUGCUGUAACACCACCAACUGAGCUCUGUGCAAAUAUGAAAGCUGCUGCUCAGGACCUACUAAAUCACUAUGUUAGAAUGCAAGGAUUAACAGUUUCACAGAUGCUUCGUAAAUCUGUGGAGACUCGUGACUGGUUGCAUACCAUUGAGCCACGCAAUGUUCGAGCAGUGAUGAAACGAGUUGUUGAGGAUGUAGCUGCAAUGGAUGCCCAAGUUGGUUUGCUGUAUGAGGAAGGUCAAAGAGCAGAAAGAAGUUCGGACUCUAGCCGUCGCACGCACAGCAUGAGUGUUUCUCGUCAAUUUAGACCAAAUUGGUCAUCUUAUGCAUCCAGUCAGCUAGACCAAAGUGCAAUUGCUACAAAUAUUCACAAGUUGUUCUCAGAACGUAUUGAAAUAUUUUCUUCUGUUGGAUUUUCUAAAGUAUCCAUUCUGACAGGAAUCAUAAAAAUUGGGCUAAAGACAUUUAUAGAAUGUGUGAGGUUACGAACCUUCAGUAGGUUUGGUCUUCAACAAAUUCAAGUUGACACUCAUUAUCUCCAACUGUACCUUUGGAGAUUUGUAGCAGAUGAAAACUUGGUUCUCUUCCUCUUGGAUGAAGUUUUGACCUCUACUGUCCACCGCUGCUUGGACCCAGUUUUAAUGGAACCUAGUGUUAUGGAUAUAAUUUGUGAGAGAGGAUAAGAACUCUUGGAAAUUGUUCCAGCACCAUUGAAUGUGUCAUGUUAUGUUUUAACUAUUUAUAGACCUUUCCCCAAAAGCCUCAGGUGUUUUUAUGUGAUAAUUUUAUGUAAAUUUUUGAGCACUGUUAUUAGAUGAAUUAAGCCAGAAGUAUUAAUAAAUUAUAAACCUUAUUGAAAUCAAUGAUCCAGUUAAGACAAUUUAUAAUUUUGAAACAAUAUACUACUCAUGUAAUCAUAUAUUAGAUAAUAUUAUAGUCAUCUUUAAGUGCCUUUGUAUUUUUAUCAAAUAAAAAAUGUGUUGUUUAAA